ACAAAUUAAUAUCGCAUCUUUCCGAACAAUCUCCUUUUUUAAAGCGGGAAAUUCCAGCACAAUAACUAGGACCUUGACUUCUUGCCAGCCUGCUCGCGCCUGCAUCAAUAAAAAUACUGGUGUUGAUAUAUAUCCACGUGGCAUCAUCGGGACUAUCCCAGGAUUAGGCUAGCUACCCGGGAUUCAUUCAUUCACUGAAAAGAGUAUUUGGAUUUGGAUAUAUUAUCUCAAUCAGAAAUGGAAGUCGAUGGAGCCGCCCUCAAGACCGCUGACAUAGUCGUCAUCGUUAUCCAUUUCAUUGUCGUCCUUGCUCUAGGUAUCUGGUCAGCAUGGAAGGCGAAUAGGGGGACAACCACGGGAUAUUUCCUGGCGGGAAAGAGUAUGAGCUGGUGGCUGGUUGGCCUGUCUCUAUACGUAAGCAACAUCGGUAGCAUCCAUUUUAUUGGACUCAGUGGAACCGCAGCAAAUAACGGCAUAGCUGUCAUCUCAUAUGAGUUUUCUGGUCUUUUCUGUUUAUUGUUACUGGGAUACAUCUUUAUGCCGAUCUACAUAGCAUGUGGGGUCAUCACUGUUCCUGAAUAUCUUCAGCUUCGAUUCGGUGGCUCUCGAUUGAGAAUAUGUUUAUCAGUCGUAUCGAUCGUCUUCACAAUUGUUACAACUCUCGCGUCUGAGAUGUAUGCUGGUAUUGUGAUCAUACAGCAAGUACUUGGUUGGAAUCUGUACUUAUCUCUCAUUCUCUUACUUGCGAUGACCGUUGCUUAUACCAUGGCUGGUGGUCUUACUGCAGUCAUCUAUACUGAUGCUUUACAAUCAUUUAUCAUGAUCAUUGGAGGCUUCAUUCUUUUCUUUAUCGCUAUGGUGGAAAUAGGUGGAUUUGGGGGUCUUUAUCAAGCUUACAUGCAUGCCAUUCCAAAUUCUACCCUUGAAGAAAUGGCUCUUAACCCUCACAAUGCUAGCAGCUGUGGUAUACCAACAGAGAAUGCAUGGCAUAUCUUCCGAGCUGCUGAUGCGGGCGAUUACCCGUGGCCUGGCGUGAUUGGGAUCUUCUUACUUUCGGCUCAAUAUUUUUGUACUAAUCAAUUUCUUGUACAGCGAUCAAUGUCUACCAAGAAUUUUACUCAAACCAAAGCUGGUACCGUGUUUGCGAGCUACCUCAAAGUCUUACCUCUUCUUCUCAUGAUCUAUCCGGGCAUGGUCAGCCGAGCAUUGUGGCCUGAUGAAGUCGCAUGCAUUGACCCUGACUCUUGUAUAGAAGUUUGUGGAAAUCCAAAUGGAUGUACAGACAUUGCUUAUCCACGACUGGUAUUAAGGCUCAUGCCUACAGGAUUAAAAGGGUUAAUGUUUGGGGCUAUGCUUGCUGCCUUGAUGAGUACUCUGACGUCAGUGUUCAAUAGUUUAAGUACUCUCUUCACAAUGGAUAUAUGGACCAAGAUUAGACCUGUUGCCAAGGAGACAGAACUCUUAAUCGUUGGACGUGCCUGUACAGGUGUGAUGGCCAUCAUAGCUAUCUUGUGGCUUCCUCUAAUUCAAGCCUCAGGGACCGGACAGCUCUUCGUCUACAUCCAAGCUAUGGCGUCAUAUUUAACCCCUCCCAUCUUUGCAGUCUUUGUAGGGGGCAUGUUUUGGGAACGAGUUACUGAAAAGGGCGCGUUUUUUGGUCUGCUAGCGGGAGUAGUGGUUGGUGUCAUCCGUAUGAUCCUGGACUACACCUUCACUGCGCCAGGAUGUGGUCAGACAGACAACAGACCAAGCAUCGUCUCUAACUUCCACUACCUUUACUUUGCCACUGUCCUCUUCACCAUCACACUCAUCGUCAUUGUCAUCAUUAGUUUCUUUACUGAACCAAUCCGAAGUGAAAAGCUGGUACGUUUAACAUGGUGGACAAGGCACAGCAAAUUACCCAGACAACCAAUGGAUGACUCCUAUAAGCCUGUAGACACACCAGCAAGUCGUGAUCAACUAGAUCUUGAAGAUGUGAAAGUGAAUGAUCCUUCAUGUGCACGUCGAGCCUGUGGUAUCCUAUGUGGGAUUACCUUAGGCAAGGCAGCUGAUCAACCCAGUGAGGAAGAGAUCAAACGAAUGACAUCACUCGAGGAGACCCCCUUCUGGUAUCGUGUCAUGCUUGCUAAUCUCAUCAUCGCUAUAGGAUUCGGAAUAUUUCUCUUUGGGUUCUUCGGUUGACGACUUAUUUUGUU